AUGUCUCUCUCGUUCGCCACCCUGCUGCUCGCCCUCGCCUUCGGCGUCACCGACGCUCAGUUCCUCCGCCCCGACGAGCGGACCCGAAACCUGACGGUCAUCAACCUCCCCGGGAACGUGAAUGUCUCGUACAAGGAACCUCACGGCGUCUGCAAGACGGCCGCGAGCAGCCAGCAGCAGUACACCGGAUGGGUCAGCGUCCCCGGCGACUAUGUCGCCAAUCUAUUCUUCUACUACGUCGAGGCCCGCGAGCCGACCGACAACUUGACCGUCUGGCUCACCGGCGGACCCGGCGGCAGCUCCCUCUACGCCUUCUUCGGCUACAACGGCCCUUGCGAGAUCGUCGAGCGAGGCCUCAACAGCUAUGAGACGGUGGCUCGAGAAUGGGGCUGGGACGGCGCUUCCAACAUGCUCUUCAUCGAUCAGGCAAGCCUAGCAUCCCUCCCGAACCACACAGGCUUCUCGUACGACACGCCCACCGACGGUACCCUCUCCAUGGUGGAGGAGACGCUUGUCAUGCCCCCGACCUACAAUCCCAACGCGGCGGCCUCGUGGGAUUCGGUCAACGGCACAUUCAGCAGUGGCAACCCCAUGCAUACGGCCAACACGACCCAGUCGGCAGCCUUGGCCGUCUGGCACGUCAUGCAAGGCUUCCUCACCGCCACCCCCCACCGUCAUCUCAAUCGUACAUCCUCCCUGGCCGUCAGCCUUUUUACCGAAAGCUAUGGCGGCAUUUACGGGCCCAUCUUCUCCGAGGUGUGGCAGAAGCAGAACGAAAAAUGGCAUGCCGGCGCCCUCGACCCCUCGGCGGUCGAGAUUCGGCUUACGUCGCUUGGAAUUCUCAACGGCUGCGUCGACGUGGCCACCGACGUGGCCAACUUUGUCCAUUUCGGCGUCAACAAUACGUACGGCAUCAAAUUCUUUUCUGCCCAAGAAGCCGACGAGCUUCUGCGGAACUUUACCGCCCCCGGCGGUGACAAGUACUUGAUAGCUCGCUGUGCCGCCCUCGCCGCCCAGCUUGAUGCAGAAGGUGCAGGUCAUCAGCCCGAGGUGAUUGACGCAUGCUCCAAGGCUACCGAGAUGUACAACAAGACCAAGAUGAUUCCCGUCCAAUCGGGAAAAAGUCCAUAUGACAUAUUGGCACCCGAGAGACACCCGCCCGGGCCGCUUCGCCUUCUCGAUUACCUCAAUCAAGCCGAAAUUCUAAACGCCAUCGGGUCACCCGUCAACUUCACCAUGCUCAGCGAUCCCGUCUUCCAAAAUUUCAAAAAAACACGCGAUCAGUUUCGAGGGGGGAAUAUCGGUCGCCUGGCGAGCCUGCUGAAUCGAGGCGUCCGCGUGGCGCUCGUCUACGGCGAUCGCGACUAUUGCUGCAACUGGUUCAGCGGCGAGGAUGUCUCGCUUCAGGUUGCGCAGAAGGCCGGUGGUCAGUACGCGGCAAAGUUUCCGGCAGCCGGGUACGCGCCCAUUGUUACGAAUUCUACCUACGAUGGUGGCCAAGUUCGUCAAUUUGGCAAUCUCUCCUUCAGUCGCGUCUUCCAGGCCACUCACAGUGCGGGCGUGGAGCAGCCCGAGACCAUGUUUCGCAUCUUUUCGCGUGUUUUAUCCGGCAACUCCAUCUCCACGGGCGACGUGGUCGAUCUGCGGUCCUUCGGCACGACAGGCUCCCCAGAGUCGACAAGAAAACACGAUGAUGCACCGGAGCUACCUAAGCAGCCGUGCUACGUCCGCGGCUUUGCCAUGUCGUGCGACGACGACGCCUGGGCGCUGGCCAAGAGGGGUGGUGGCGUCGUGAUUAAUGGAAUUCUUUACAACAAAACCGAGGACUGGCCGCUGGCGACAUAG